GGGUCAUCUCUCUCUUUAUGAUAGAUAUAUAGUAUAUAUAUACACACACAUAUGCAAUAUGGUUGACUCAUCCCAGAUGGGCAGCGACUAGGACUAGUAUGUUGUUGAACAGAUUCUUCGACUAUCCUCUCGUUUUUCAAAUCUGAUAAAAUCGGAGAAUCAUUUGGUUUAAAACAUAAAUGCGUCUGGCUGAAUAUCAUGGACAAGAGAUUAAUAGACACAUUAGACACAAUAAAUGACAAAGGUGACCUUAACUCAUGUGAAGACUAAUCCAGGUAAGGUGAGAAAAAGGAAACGAACCUCCAUUGAAAAUUCAGAGUCCUUUAAGAACAGUAAUACUAUUUCAACGGCCAAAAGUGAUGCUCAAGAUAUGCUUGUAGAAGUUGACUCAACCCCACAAGCUUUGGUUCAUGAACAUCCAAAGAUGGAUACAGAUUCAACCAACAAUCCUGUCAAAGAGAGUACAACUCAAAAAAAGAACGGGAGAAGAAGAAAGAACUGGAAGAUUAGAGAAAGAGCGAUUGGGUCUGUUGAAAAUUCAGAGGUUUCUAACAACAGUGAUAUUGUUUUAGCGGCCAAGAGUGAUUUGCGAGAUAUGCUCCCUGAAGCAAACUCAGCUCCAAAAAGUCCAGUUCUUGAACCUCCAAAGAUUGAUACAGCUUCAGCCAGCAAUCCUGUCAAAGAGAGUGCUGCUCAAAAAAAGAACAGGAGGAGAAGAAAAUGGAAGAUUAGAGAAAGUGCGAUUGGGUCUGUUGAAAAUUUAGAAGUCUCUAACAACAUUGAUAUUGUUUCAGUGGCCAAGGGUGAUGUGCGAGAUAUGCUCCCAGAAGCAAAGUCAACUUCAAAAAGUCCAGUUCUCGAACCUCCAAAGAUUGAUACAGAUUCAGCAGACAAUCCUGUCAGGGAGAGUGCAGCCCAAAAAAAAAAUAGGAAGAUUAGAGAAAGAGCGAUUGGGUCUGUUGAAAAUCCAGAGGUCUUUAACAACAGUGACAUUAUUUCAGUGGCAAAGAGCAAUGUGCAAGAUAUGCCGUUAGGAGUAGACUCAGCUACACAAUAUCCAGUUCAUCAAGCUCCAAAGAUUGAUACAGCUUUAACCAACAAUGCAAUCAAAGAGUGUCCAGCUCAAAUAAAGAACAGGAAAAUGAGAGAAAAAAUGAAGUCUAUUGAAACUCCAGAGAACAACAGUAAUAUUUCAGUGGCUAUGAGCAAUGUGCAAGAUAUGCACUCAGCUCCACAAUAUCUGGUUCAUGAAGCUCCAAAGAUUGAUACAGAUUUAACCAACAAUGGAAAGAAAGAGAGUGCACCUCUAGAAAAGAAGAGACGGAAAAGGAGAACCAGAAGUCUGAGGAUGUCUAUGGAUAAAGAUAGCCUUGGAAGCACCGAUCAAAAAGAUAUUCUGCAAGCAGUAGAAGGAUCUUCUAUUUCUGGUGAAAAAAAACCUGAGGUAUCUGCAACUGAAAGCAAGAUCGAAAGGAAAAAUCGUUCCUUUGAUACGAUUGUAACCAAGCAUGUUCCUUUAGCUAUUAUUAGUAAAAGGGAUAACUUAUUGGAGGUUUCACAUCCUUUACCAGAAAGAUCACUUGUUAAUUAUUCAAGGAGAAAACUUCUCAUUCUUGAUUUAAAUGGGCUGCUUGCUGAUAUCGUUUUUCCCCCGCCAAAGGUGUGUAAAUCAGACAUAAACAUCCUGGGACGGGCAGUUUUCAAGAGACCCUUUUGCUAUGAUUUUCUGAAGUUCUGCUUUGAGAAAUUUGAUGUCGGUAUUUGGUCUUCGAGAACUAAGAAAGUCAUCGAUAGAGUGGUUGAUUAUUUGUUGGGAGAUUUGAAGCACAAAUUGCUUUUUUGUUGGGAUCUAUCCCACAGCACUGUGACACAGUUCAAAACUCUUGAAAACAGGCACAAGCCCUUGGUCUUUAAAGAGCUGAGAAAAGUAUGGGAAAAAUAUGAUUCUAAUCUUCCAUGGAAGAAGGGAGAUUAUAACGAGUCAAACACAUUGUUGUUGGAUGAUUCUCCAUACAAAGCCUUGCUCAAUCCUAUGCACACUGCAAUCUUCCCUUAUUCAUACUACUUCAUAGACAGGAGCGACAAUUCAUUAGGUCCUGGAGGCGAUCUUCGAGUAUAUCUGGAAAAUUUAGUGGCCGCUGAAAAUAUACAGAAAUAUGUGGAGCACCAUCCAUUUGGUAAAAAUGCCAUCAAUGAUAGAAGUCCAUCUUGGGGUUUCUAUAACACAGUUAUCUCUAGUCAGUUGUUGGUACCAACCAGAAGAUAGUGUGAUUUUCGGCAUAUCUUAGGUCUAUCUUCUGCUUGUUUAUGCCAUGUACGAGUUACUUAGCUUUUCACUAUUUUGUUCCUCCUUUUUUCACCCUUCCUACUUUUUUCUCUGGGGAGGGGAUCACUCUCGUAUAUUUGCCACCUUGUCACAUCACUGUAUUGAGCAUAAUACGAUAUCCGCCUUUAAUAGGAGGGAAAAUACGCACGCUUCUAUACUAUAGUAUUGAUGCAGUGUCUAGAGACAUGCUGGUGGUCACAAGACGAUACAGAGGAGCUGCUUACUUCUUGGGGAACUCCUAUAUGCUGAGGACUGAUUUUAAGUUCCAAUUGAUACUGCGUGGCUAUGGUAGAGGGUAGUCGGUGGUUAGAGACCUUUACUGAUGUUGAGCCUUAUUGUUGAUGGGCAUCCAUCGCGUCUAUUUGUAAGAACCAGAAUACCAAGGUUGAAAGUCAAGCUGCAUUUUGUUGUUUUGUUGUGAUUUUUUUUUUCUGCCCAUUCUUUUAAUAGUAAUUUUGUCACACACCCCACAACAGAAUAUGAGACAUACCAUGUAGGGAUGAAUAAUAAGUUUUUCUUUCUAGGUUGCAGUGGGAGAUAUUGAUUUUGUAAUAAUAUAAUUGUAUAUGAUUUGAUCAGAUUGACUUACCAUCAAUGCAAGCAAUUAUUUUCCAUA